CAUCCAUCUACUAAACAACAAAUAACUAAGAUACUAUUGUUAACCAGGGGGAGAAGUGAAAGAGUGAGUGAUGAAUGAAUAAAUGAAAAGAAAUUACCGUUAGGUUUGAGCGACCAAUCAAUUACAUUUCAACUCUUUAUUUUUUGAAUUACUCUCAUUUUCAUUGAGAGAUGAAAAUAUGAUCCGUAUAUAAAUACUCUUGGUGUGAUGGAGGAGUCUAAAACCAUAUCUGCCACCAAUGUAGUCAAAAGUGCGAUUCUAUUUAGAAACGAAAAAUGGGUAAAAUCAUAAAACAUAGAAUCAAAACGUAAAAACGUAAGUUUUUUAUGCAUCCUAUAGAGUAGCUAAAAACGAUCAAAUGAUUUAUAAGUGUGUUCCAUUAAAGGAACCGAUCAAAUGAAAACGAAACAAAACAGGGGCUAGGAGUUGGCUGCCAAGACCCAAAAUUGAUGAUAAUGAAAUAGCAGCAGCCAGCAGUAUACCAGAAGGUGAGCGGAUCUGUGGAUGCAGCGCCGAGCUGCAGCUGGUGAUUGUGGAUGCGGCGGGUCUGCUGGCGACGAACGAUGGAGGCCGCUCGAAGACGGAAGGAAGUUAGCUAUCAGCCUAUUAGCUAUCACCCACCACCGAACCGUCCCACACAAUGGAGGUCUGCUGAGUGUCUUCGGAGAUGGAGGUAGCACCACCGUAUCUGCGGUGGCGGUGGAGGUCGCGGCGUGUCUGCUUGACGGUGGAGACUAGUCGCUGCCCACUGAUCGCCCUCACCUCGGCUUGCCCUGCUUGAAGUCCCAACCCUCAAUUUGGGGAUUGAAAUGUUAGGUUGUUUGAGAAGUCGACAGAUAGCCCCAUCCGUGUUUCCACAAUUUUUUUCAAUUUUGUAAGGCCAAAAUGACGUAGUUUUGAUGAAUUUUUGCAUUCUCUGGUCAUUGGCUGAAAAGGCACAGAAAUGCUAAUAAUACGGGUUUUUUACCGUUUCCAUCGAUUUUAACAUUUCCACCAAGGUUUUUGAGUGAUUUUACUAGCAAAACUUUUUUAGGUGAAAAUUGAAAAGUUAUGGUGACCUAGAUACGUAAAAAUAUACGUACUUACGACUUAAAACGCGAUUUGACUACAUUGCCCGUCACAUCCCCAUCAAAAUUUUGUGUGUGUUUUACCCAUACCUAGUCAAUGCAGGGACUAUCUGUGUUGACUGUGUCAGGGACGGUCGGUACCUGCGGUGGUGGGUUUGAUUGCCUUCCCAAAUAGAGAUUUGCAUGCACCAACUGGAAUGUUUGAGUAGCCCUCAAGUUGCUCUUCUUUGGAAAGAGUGUUUCUUUUGUUGUAGUUGCAUUAGAGAGUGUAGAUUCAGAUGUCUAAAUCUGUGAUACCAUAGAUCUAGAGUUUUUUUUUUUUUUUACAUCUCAAGUUUGCAAACACUUAAUAUUGGAAGUGUUAUCUUUCUGUUCAGCAUGAAAAAGAAACAUAUAUCUUCAUCUAAGUUUCUAAAAGAGGACCCCUUUCUUCAUGAAAAACUUUGCAUUAACCAUUCUUGAUCAUAAAGAUCGGCCAUUUCUCAUGUACCUGACCAACAUUACUGAAUUGGGUUUAAUUAUACGUAUUUUCACUCCUUUCCAUGAUCAUUGGACUUGCGGUUAGUCACUCUUUAGGCCGUUUCAUGCUAGGUUGUGCUUGGUUGAGUAUAUUUAAUGUCUUAGCAUGUGAAUAUGGCAAAAUGAAUGAUUUUAGGCCAUUUGGAGUCAAAACCAAGGCAAAGUGAAGAAGUUGUUGAAAGUCAUGGUUCGGAGCACAAAGUCACGUCCAAACUGAGAAUUCCAAAGAAGAGACCCUGACAAUUGCAAGCUUCUAGGAUCCAAACUAAAAUUUGCGGACACUUAAAGAUGUCAUAGUUUUAACCAUGAGAUUUGCAACAAAACCAUGAGACUUGUAAAUGAAACAAUGCACUUCAGUUCGACAUCAAGGUUUACCUAUCAAUGUCACGGGUUUGAUGCUCAACCGUGAAUUUGGAACUUCUGGGUAAAAAUUGGAGUUGAAGACAUUUUUUAAGAGGACAAUUCUUGGAGAGAGAAAGCAACAGCCUCCAAGAGAGAGAGAGAGAGAGUGACGAACAAGGAACCAUAGGUGGUGAUUCAAGGCUUCAAUUCCCAAGUGAAGGCAAGAUUUCAACCCAAUGAGGAAAGAUUGGAUCUCUAGAAGAAGAACCCAUCCUUUUGAUGAUGAUUUAACUUCUUGCGUUUGUGAUUUUUCCUGUUUUUCUUACUAUGGAGUAGAACUUAUAUUCACUUGGGCGUGUAGAACUGUAGCUAUAUAAGGUAGGAUUUGAUGAUUGAAUGAUUCAUAUGCUUGUGUGCACUUUUGAUUACAUAUUGAAUUGGCUGGGUAUUGCUUAAACUCUUCUAUUUGUGUUAUUAACAUAAGCUAGAGAAUAUCCAAUUAAGUAAGUUAAAGCAAUUUCUCAAGUCUUCUUUCUGGGUCAAUUGAUCGAGUGUGAUAUUGGACUACAAUGCUGUAUUGGAUCGAUAUCUUUUAGUGAGAGCCAAAAUUGCAUGCCUUAGGAGUUGUAUUUUGCCAGAUGUGGAAACUCUCCCUCCGGAUAGUUCAUCCUAGGUGAGUUUGGAUAACCCGAAUAGGGAGUGCAAACGGGUUUAGGAAUCUCCGCGGUUCAAAUUUUGAAAGUGCAUGCUUGGAAUGUCAAUCAUCAACCUAAGUUGUGGUUGGAGGGAAGCAUAGCUGAGUGACUCUCUCAAUAGACUUCGAACCCAUCUUUACUUGCAUUACUUCUUAGUUGAUAACUUAAUCCAAACCUCGACUUGCUAGAUAACAAAUAUUUCACAAAGUAAUAGUAGAUUUGUCGCUCGGGUUGAUAAUUAAAGCUUACUUCCAAUAUACUACAUCCGAUCGUUGGUUAUAAUUGGCCUUCGAUUGGGAUAGUAGUGUACGAACAAACCACUAAACAAAUUAUACUUUAGUCCAGGUACAUAUAACACUUCAUGAACUAUUAAAAUAAAAUUUAUCUAUCAUAAGCUUCAGUUUUCCAUUUCGAGCCACUUCAAGUUUGAAUUCAUUUUCCAUCUUACUUUACACUGAAAAUUGGUGUCAAUUUCAGUGAACCAACUUUCGCCACAACUUAUAUGAUUGAUGUUGGUUGAGUCCUGAGUACAAGAACCACUAUCCUGCAUUAUGCUAAGCCAUUUUAACUUCCAGAAAAUCCAUCACACACAAGAUCUAGCAUCUUAGGCUCAGCUUCUACUGGUGCUUUAUGUUCAACACAUACAAUCAAUAGAACAUCAUCUUUCAUAUCACCAUAUUCCUUCUUAUAAUAAUGUAAUACAAGUUCAAACAUCAUGUAAGAUAGGUUUUGAUGACACUCAAUUUAUAGUGUUUAUCACUCUCAUAUUUGAUACAUUUUCCUUCUAUCAAUGCAUCUUUAGUGGUUUUUACUUUAUUUCGUAUAGAAUUCAUAAAUAUUUUAUAUAUGAGCUUAUGAUAGACCUUGAUGAGCUAAUGAUAGACUUUGAGUGUGUCUUGGCACUUUUUACACCUUUUGGUUUUGUUUUGUGCUUUUCAAAGAUAUAAUGCACUCAAGACGGAUAUGGAUAAGAAGGAGGACGAGAAUACUAAUUCAUGGGCUCAAACAGAGAUGGAUUCUGAGACUAGCCAUAUGCUCAUGUUAUAGACUAGAGAAUAGUAUUUUGAAGAACAUGAGGGUCAAACAAAGUCCAAACGAGGUGGAAUUUGAGGAAUAGUUUAAGACGAAGUUGUCCACCAAAAACAUGCCAAUUCAGAGACAAAAUACAGCGGCGGAACCGACCGCCAUCCAGCCGCCGCACGGGCCCAAGUUCUUCAGAAACAUCCUCUUCAAGGUUACUUCGUCUCCAAGUCGAAGAAAUCCAAUUUCAAGUCGUACAUGGAAUGUUUUAGUUGAUUUUAGGAGAAAAAUGACUAAACCUCCCCCCCCCCCCCCCCCCCCCUCUAUAACUAGGAUAAGAAAGGAGGUCAUCCAUAAACUCUUCUAGUAGCUUCUAAAGCUAUCCUACCUUCUUCAUGAUUGUGUUUACCUUGUCCUAUUAGAACUGGUUUUCCUUAACACCGUAAGGUAUGGUUUUUCCUUAUAUUUUACUGUUCUUUUAGGAUUUUAUGACCUCUAUAAAUAGAGAUUGUAACACCUACGAGUUUACAAUAACUCACAUACAACUAUGGUCAAAAUUAAGCUUUUGAUUUUUUUUAAUUCCUUGGAGGAAUUUCAACUUCUUUCUCUUGUGUGUGUGGAUUCCAAUUAGGGAUAGGUCAUCAUCCCCAUUGUGGUCCACUUCAUUUGAUGUAGUGAUGCCAUUCAAUUGAAGCAUUGGUUUGGUGGCUUUGGGUUUUGUCAUCCAUAUCUAUCUUUGUGUUCUCUGAUUUACUUCGAUUUUUGUCUACUCUAGUUCAACGAGACUAAGACCAACUUAAUGGCUAUACUUGCAUCAAUUACAAAAGUGAAUAUACUUCAUUAUUUAUAAUGAAGAGCAUCUAAUUAGUGAUAGUUAUCCAUAAUGUUGACACAUAGUCUUCUAUAAAUUCUUGCCAUCAAAUAAAGAAAACAAAAGGUGACAAUUUGAAUCCAGUCCACUGGUAUGGUUUAAUGCAUCUAAUUAGGGAUAUUUAUUUCAUCCAUAAUAUGAUACUUAGUCUUCUAUAGAUUCUUACCAUCAAACAAAGAAAACAAAAGGUGAUAAUUUGAAUCCAGUUCACUAGUAUGACUUAUUGGAAGGAGUGAAAGAAUAAGGAGUGGAGUUCGGGGAUGAGAUGAUAGUGUUCAAUGAUUCUAUGUUUGUUUAGACUUUUCUUUCAUUUUGUUUUCAAUUUCUAGUAAGGAAAAAUGAUGUUAAAUUUCAUAAAUUACAUGUUACACAAAAUCGCAUAAAAGCAGGGUAUAAGCGAGAUUUUAAGCGCCUUCACCAUAUCUAUAGUCUAUUUUGCUACAUUUCAAACACUGUAGCUUCUAUAUGGAAACUAAAUCUUUAAGGUAAUCUAGAAGCGUAAAGCAUAAGCUUUAACAUUUAAGUUUGGAAGCGCGAUUUUGAUUCUAUUGAAUGCAAUGAAUUGGUGGAUAAUUAUAGUUUAGCACUUUCAUUUUAUAUCUAUUAAAAUAUUCAUAUAAAAAAUUGAUUUCUAAUACUUAGAUGUCUCUUUCGUACCUAAAAUUUUACAAAAUGAUCCAAAACUUAGAUGUCCUUCGGAUCUAUGAAUCCAUAUAAUCUAAUUCAUGAAAUCAAGAAUCUAUUCCAUGAAUCCAUUUAACCCACUCGUUGUAAGCAUGAGUCAAAUUCAUUUGUCACUUAACAAUUAUAUCUUCUAUUUUUAUGGUUAAUCAAAAUUUGGCAUUAAGCACUAGGAUUUGCAACCUGCAAAAACCCCUUUCUCCUAGUACAAAGUUUCAACAGAACACUAUCACUAUUACAAGAAUAUAACUCAAAUUAUAUAUGUAUGAAUCGAAUUGGCUAUCUGCAGGUUGUUCAAGACAAAAAUCUCCACUUCCUCGGCACUCUGCUUGACAAUUUGAUGAGGCAACCUGAUUCUCUUAGUACCGUAAAGUCUCUGGUAGCGUUCCCUCCAAAUAUAACUCAGUGAAAUCA